AUGCUCAAGAUGAUCCAAGAGCUAAUCCGCUUGGGCACUACGCCGAAGGACCCGUCCAUGAGGAAAGACUUUUACCUCGUGACCGACCACCCCCUCUACGAGCUCAUCGUAAAGAAGCCCACCGCCAACAAAUGCAUGGAGAUGAUGUCCGCCAUCGCCGCCAAGGACAAAGGGAGCCCUGACCCGACGAUCAAGAUCGACCUCAACUUUGAGCUGGGCGAGACGAUGAACAGGACAGGCACCCAGUGGGGCGGGUGCUACAUCAAGCUCACGCCCUCCAAGCACUCGAUGAGCAGAAAGUCGCGGCUGAGGGAGAGGGUGAUCCCCUACCCGGCCUACCCCGGCGACCCGGCCGUCUACACGGGACCCUUCACCACCUCGCCCGUGGGCCACGCCGGCGUCGUGGUGGGCGGCAUGCCCGGCGUCGCGCCGCCAUCGCCUCCCGGCCUUCCGCUGCCGCCCUUUGCCACCGCCGGCGCCGGCGGAGAUCCCCGGGGGAUGGGCCUGCGCGUCGCGGCCAAGAGGGGCGAAGAGGAGGACGAGCAGCAGCAGCAGCAACAGCAGCAGAUGGUCCAGGAGGCCAGAGCCGACGCGAACGGGCAGGAUGAGAACGGAUCCUUCCAGUCCGCCAUGUCCUGGCUCUACGGCACCUGGGACAGGAGAGACCGGCUGCUUCAGGAGAGGGCGGCGAUCAUUCACCAGCUGCAGAGGGAGCGGGAGGAGAUGCGCCUGGGUCUCGAGGAGAGGGACACCAUCCUGAGGCAGCGGGACGAAGAGGUCAACCGCAUGAGGGAGGAGAUCAACCUGCUCCUGAGGGAGAUGCAGAAGCUCAAGGAGGGCGGCACCGAGGAGAGCUCGACCGAGGAGCUGUUCCUGCUGGAGAAGAUACUCGAAAGCAGCAGGAACGUCGUGCGGGAGAGGAUCAAGAGGAGCGCCGAGCUCAAGGAGGAAAAGAAGGUCGACGAAGCCGUCGCCGGCGUGGAACCCCCCGCCCCGAUGGCCGUCUGA